AUGAUACACGGAGGCAAGCGGCAACGCACGGAGUCAAGCGGCGACGCCUGGCGGCAAGCGGCGUCGCACAACGGCAAAGCGCUCUCAUCCCAAUCCCAACAAUUCACUCUUCACCGGUCUUCAGGAGUUCAAGCAACUAUGGCAGGCACUACUUCUUCCUCUGCAUCUAAUCUAGUUCCGGAGCUGAAUAGCCAGAAUAGGUCAGUCUUGAAAGAGUUGAAGGCUAAUUCAAUUGAUAUCGGUUGGGAAUAUGCACAUAUUGCAAACAUCAAGGGGAAUGUUCACGGUUGUAAGAAGAGUUCGGAUGAGGACAAAGCCAAAUGUAUCAAAGCUAUUGAAGAUGGGCGAAAUAAGAAGAGGCAAAAGAUUAUCUUUGAAGAAGAAUUGAGGCAAGAAGUUGUUAUUGAAGAAGAUGAAAGGGAAGAGGAUGGAUCAAGUCAUGAGACAAGAAGAAAGAGGCGCUUUCUUGGACCUAUGGACCGUUAUGCAUCCACCAUUGAUCCCGAUUCUUCAUUGGAUGGAAGCAAGAAGAUGAAGCAACAAAAUAUCAAUGAUUCACUUUUCAAGGAAAGAACACAUAAUGUGCGUCAAUAUUUGGCUAGAUGGGUGUAUGAAGCCGGCCUUCCUUUCCAUGCCAUUAAGAAUGAUAGCUUUAAGAGGUUUGUGGAAGCGGUUGGGCAAUUUGGCCCGAGUUACAAACCACCAACCCAAUACCAAUUAAGGGAGCCAUUGUUGAAGGAAGAGGUGGAGAGAACUAAGGGCUUAUUAAAGAGGCAAGAAGAGGAGUGGGCAAAGAAUGGUUGCUCUAUCAUGACCGAUGCAUGGAGUGACCGGAAAAGAAGAAGUAUCAUGAACUUGUGUGUUAAUUGUGCGGAAAGGACAACCUUUCUUUCUUCUAAGAAAGCAUCGGAUGAGUCACACACCGGAAAAUAUAUUUUUGAAUAUGUAGCCAAGUGCAUUGAAGGAAUUGGGCCACAAAAUGUUGUUCAAGUGGUAACGGAUAAUGCUUCAAAUAACAUGGCGGCGGGAGAUUUGUUAAAGUUGAAGAGGCCAACAAUAUUUUCGACUUCUUGUGCAACUCACACCAUCAAUCUUAUGCUUCAAGGAAUUGGCACCCAACCUAAAUUCAAGAAUGUGAUUGACAAAGCAAAGAGUUUCACCAUCUACAUUUAUGCACAUCACAAGACUUUGCACUUGAUGAGAAAGUAUACAAAGAAAAGAGACAUAGUGAGGCCGGGAGUCACAAGAUUUGUAACCGCUUUCCUUACUUUACAAAGCUUGAUGGAGAAGAAGAUUGAGUUGAGAUCUAUGAUUACUAGUGUCAAGGUGUUUCGCCUUGUUGAUGGGGAUCGGAAGCCAUCAAUGGGUUUUGUGUAUGGAGAGCUACAAAAAGCUAGAGAAGAGAUUAAGAAGAUAUACAAAAAUCAAGAAGCUCACUAUCGUCCAAUCCUUGACAUUGUUGAUGGCAAAGCCAGUGAACGACUUGAUAGUCCAUUGCAUUUAGUGGGACACCUCUUGAACCCUUAUUACACAUAUGUUGAUCCAAGCAUUGUAAAUGAUGGAGUUGUCAUGGAUGGGUUUAUUGAAUGUGUAGAAAAGUUCUUUGGUGAUGAUCUUGACAUUCAAGAUAAGGUGACAAAUAUAGAAUUGCACAAGUACUUGAAUAAAGAGGGUUCAUUUGGAAAACCUAUCGCUUUGAAGGGAUGCUCACAAGAUAAUGAAAAUUAUAAUCCGGGUAAGAAAACUUCAUAA